GGUUUUAAAGACAACUGCUUUUCCGGGGCUAUCACUAAGCACUUAGUAAUGUAAAGUAGUAUUUAGAUCAAAUCAUUUUUCGACCUCAUUUAAAUAUAAAUGCGUUUUAAUAGAAAACCAUGCAAUGUUAACGGAGAGUGUGAGAAAUUUGCGUCCGGUUCUCCUAAAGUAUGAAAAAAAGUUGGGAGAGUGUCAAUAAAGUAAUGCGAAACAGCCAUUUUGACUUUACAAAACUACCCUAAAUUAAAGACUGUAAAGUUACGCUUGUAAUAAAUAAAAACAUGUAUAUAAAAACAUUGAACCCGUGCAGAGAUGAAAACCAAGCCGCCAGUCUCCCUGAACCAUUCUAGGCAAAUAUUGAAAGACGUCAGAGUGUUCUUGUUGGCAAGGAUACGAAAUGGGUGAAACAAUAGCGCUAUAGUAACGAAAAAGCAAUACGAGGAAAGCUGGAGAUAGAAAAUAGUACGCUUAACUUGAAGAGGAAUUUUGUAACCUGAAACCUGUAAUAAGGAAAACAUCAAUACAACACUUUAUUGAAACCUUUUGGAAGAAUUUUAAUAUGGCAGCCGAUGGCAUCCGCCAAUGCUUAUUGCUUUGGAGCAUUGACUAUUGGAAUUUGGAAGUUAUGGGUGACGGUGCUUUCAAAUCACGCGACAUUGGCUUGCGUGCUCAAAAAAAAAUUUUAUCCCGCAUGGCAACCAAGAAUAUAGCGAAAACAUUUAUUGAUGGAACAACUGCUUCCCUCUUAGAUAAUUUAUACCGUCUUUGUAAAAUUCAUACUGGCAAUAAAGUGAAAGCAGAGAAAAUAAUUAAAAACAUAAUAAAAAUUGUUAUCAAAAUAAGCGUUUUGCAUCGAAAUAAUCAAUUUAACCCCGAAGAGCAAAAGCACGCAGAAACUUUCAAAAGAAAAUUCCAGAAUACACAAUUAUCGGUGAUAUCAUUUUACGAGGUCGACUAUAGUUUCGAUUUGCCUUAUUUACAAAACUCGAUUAGGGAGUCACACGAUACUCUUAAAAUGGUCGUGCAAAGGCAUUUAACUGAAAAGUCCUUAAAUCGAAUCGAUGAAGUAUUCGAAUUUUUCACUGAUGCUACAUUGCUUGAAACGGCGUUUAAAGCUAACUCGCCCUAUAGCGAUUUGAUGGGGAAAAUUGUAGCUGAUAUUAAUACUGCCAUGGAUACAGGAGAUAUGUAAAAAAAAAAUAUGAAAGAAGAAAAAUGGAUGCCUGCCGACCAAAAACAUAUCGAUUUUUUUAUAUUCGUUAUUGAAAGUCAUGAUGAUACAGUAAAAUGAACUUUCCUAGUGUAUCGAAGUGUAAAAGUUCAAAUCAAACAAUUCCUAAACGCAUGCCAUAAAUCGAUUCAUUAAAUACAUAUAUCAAUGUUAACACUUUCGAUACAUUCUGUAAGAGAUACUGGGAACAUCUGAAUCUGCAGUGCUUAUAUAUUAUAUUUUUCAAUUUUUUUCUUUUUAAUGUAAGAAACUAAUGAUAAUUAAGAAAAGUGUUUGCUUGGACAUAUACUCUUGUAACCGGGUACUAGGUAACGAGUAUCUCUUUAGCUGGAAACUGCUAUAUUGGAUCUAUACUUGGAUCUAUACUCGAUUUUUCGUCGUAUGGUUGAUAGAAUGUUGGGUCUAUAGGAGAAACUUGUUUCCGCGAGUGCGUUAUUCUCUCUAAGCGGAACGUACCAUUUUGUACGAUCGCCACAAAUUUUUGCCUUUGAGAGAUAAAAAGGAGGAAAAAUACUUUUGCUACCAUGUUUAACACUAGGUUGCCGAAUGUUGACCAUAUACUAAUUUUGCCAUCAAGAUUGAAAAUUAAAAAUUUUUUUUUUUUAAGAAACUUUAUUAAAAACAUUUGUAAGAUACGUACUUCACCUUUAAAAUACAUUUUCUGCAGAUCUUUUUAUUACGUUUAGCAUAGAUGGGCUUACUUUUAUUGCUUUUGCAUUAUACUUGAACCCGACAAUUCAGUCAGUUUCGUUACCAAAUUCGAUGCCAAAUUGUAGUCGUUUAUUCGGCAUGCGUUUAAUAAAUGGACGUUUGGCUUUAGUUGAGAGCGAUUGCUCAUCGACUAUUAUAUAUGCGCGCCAGUUCUAUAACAAGUCUGGCUGUUCUCAACGGAUUAUUCCCAUACUUUAUUACUUAAUGAAUCAAUUUGACUUACGUCCGUCAAAACAGGUAUAACACGCAUCGAGCUUUUUCGAACUAAAGGGUGGGGAGGCGAACGUCAAUCGCAUUUGUCAUAAAUUUUAAUAUUAUGAUUGUGUAUGUUUUUCAUAAUUAUGUAUUUUUGUCAUUUUCGGUCGUCGUUUCUUUACAACUUAAUUUCAUUUCAUUUAUUGAGUCAAGUUGACUCGUCCCGGCGAUCUAGCGGUCAAACAUUAGAUUCAUAUACAUGAUCUGGGCUGGUUCCGACGAAUACAUUGGCGCAAAAAAACUCUUUUUUUUCUCGUAAUUCUAUAAUGCCAGUGAAAAAAAAUCAUUGUAAACGUUAUCGGAAUUUUGUUAAGAAAUUAUUCGCGAAAUAGUAAUAAUAGCGAAACACAAUUCAUUCGCAAUAUUGAAGAUUUUGUCGCCUUUUUUCGCGUGACAUUUAUUUGCAAGAAUUAAAAGCAAUGAACUCGACUAGUUUUGCUGAUACAAUCCUCUUAAGAUAAUAUAGUAGCUAUUCGUUUGAAAUGAUAGUUAUCUAAGAUCUUCAACUUGUGUGUUUCAAGUAUUUGAUAUUGAGGUUUUUAAAAUAGAAUUUAUUGUAAUCUAUAUGUCACGAAAUCACAAAUACACUUAUCUUUUUGUGUUGAUACACCCGGGUUGUUUAUUUUCCCGGUCACAACUGUUCGUAAUGGAUAUUAAAAGACAUGACAUAAUGAUCAAGAAAAUAUUGAUAUUGAUUGAUAUUCAUUUAGCAUCUAAGCAAUCGUAUAUAUAUGUUUGUACCAAAAAUUAUAUCAAUUUAUAGUAUAAUAUAUAUUGUGCUAGAUAUCGCAUAUGUAGAAUUAAUAUUAAGGAUAAAUUUGUACUUUUUCACUAAAUAUGUAAAUUUUUGUAAAUGUCAAAACUACCACUAGCAUAAGUCAUUUAUUCACAACGCUUUACAAAUUGAAGCAGCACUAACCAAACUGACACACUAACCACUUUCAUUCGCUUAUAUCCUGCACUUAAUAUUAGGCAUUUAAAAUUCUUUUUUUUUUUUUUGCUUAGUUUUUGUUUUGUACUUAAACGUGCCGUGCGUGACUUAGACGUGUUUGACAUGAAAACAUACGUAAUAAUAGUUAGAAAGAUUGAAAUGUUGGUUGAAAAACGCUAACGCAAUGAUGUUAUUGUUAUUAUUAUAUUAUUUUUUUUUUUAGCUAUUUACCAAACAAAGUAUUUAUAAAUAAGUUUAAAAGUAAGAAAGUGUCUACGCAAAUCGGAUAAACAAUUUUGCUUUUUUACAUAAUGUGUUGAAAAAAUUGAAAGAAAGCUCGGUUGGUUUCAAUAUUCAAAAAAUUCGCUUUCGUUCUUAUCUAGAGAAUUAAACUCCUUUCAAAUACUUAGACCUCUGCUUAUCACACCUUUGAUAAUACCAAAGAAAGGCAGAAUUUCAUUCAAAACAGCGGCCAAGGGUAAAAUUUGCU